AUGGAGGCUCCAGAAUCCACCUGCCCUGCCCCGUCUGCCAGGGACCAGCCAGCUCCUGCACUGGGUCAUCCAGGUGUCCCAAAUGGGCAGGCCUCCCCUCAGCUGACCCUGAGCCCUGUCAUCCUUCCACCAGAGCAGGGCCUGCCCCCCACUGUGUUCCUGAAGGCCCUACCCAUCCCACUGUACCACACGGUACCUCCUGGGGGUCUCCAGCCACGUGCACCUCUGGUGGCUGGCAGCCUGGAUGGGAGUGCUGUGCCCUUCAUUCUCAGCCCCUUGCUACAGCCCGAAGGGCCAGGACCCACCCAGGUGGGCAAGCCAGCCGCCCCAGCCCUGACAGUGAACAUCGUGGGCACACUGCCUGUGCUGUCUCCAGGUCUGGGGUCCACGCUGGGCAACCCAGGUAAGGUGAGAAAUGCUGGCAAGUACCUGUGCCCACACUGCGGCCGGGACUGCUUGAAGCCCAGCGUCUUGGAGAAGCACAUCCGGUCCCACACGGGCGAGAGGCCUUUCCCGUGCUCCAUCUGCGGCGUUGCCUUUAAGACCCAGAGCAACUUGUACAAGCACAGGAGAACUCAGACGCACCUCAACAACUCCCGGCUGUCCUUGGAGUCCGAGGGGGGCGGGAGCAGCCUUCCGGAGGAGGGGGACAGGCCUGGAGAGUCGUGCUCAGCAGAUGGCAGGGGGGACGAAGCAGAACCAGAGAGCGCCCUUUCUCCAGGUGCCCAUCCUCCCCUUGCCGCCAAGGCUCUGGACAUGAAGACAGAAGCUGCUUCCUGCGCAGGGUCCACCCUUGCCCACAGAGAAGUCCCUGGGGCAGCCAACCAUUUGCCAUCACCUGGACUCCCACUGGCCAGUCCACAGUCCCGGUGGAAGCUUCCAGAAUCGAAGCCGUGCUCCCUGCAAAGGCAGCAGGAGGUGUGCUCAGAGAAGCCCUGGGAGGCCAAGGCCUCGGAGGGCCGGCUCAGAAAGUGCGAGAGCACCGACUCGGGCUACCUAUCGCGCUCAGACAGCGCCGAGCAGCCUCUGGCGGCCUCCAGCCCCCUGCACAGCCUGUCUGAGCACAGCACCGAGUCGGAGGGUGAAGGAGGGCCAGGCCCAAGGUCCGGGGACACUAAGGCUGAGCUGGCGACCCCGGGGACUAGUCUGGAGCUGGAGAAGAAGAGGCUAGAGGAACGCAUCACUCGGCUCAUCUCACACAACCAGGCCGUGGUGGACGACCCACACCUGGAUCACGUGCGGCCACGCAAGACAGGCCUGUCCAAGCAGGGCAGUAUUGACCUGCCCAUGCCCUAUACCUACAAAGACUCCUUCCACUUCGACAUCCGGGCACUGGAGCCCAGCCGCAGGAGAGCUGCUCUUAGUCCAGCCUGCUCCACCUUCACCCCCGUGGACAAAUCAAGGCCCCUCUUUUUCCACUCUGUCCCCACUCAGCUCUCUACCACUGUGGAAUGUGUUCCUAUCACCAGAAGUAACUCACUGCCCUUCAUCGAGGGUCCUAAGAUGUGGCCUGAGCCACGGGACCUACAGGACACCUGCCCCCGGAUGCGAAAGCCCCUCAGUCCCAGGCUCACCCCAGCCCGGCCGGGUUGCCGCUCUGGGCUGACCUUGGCCGACAUCCCCACUGGCCACCCCCGGGCCCUGGUCAGACAGGCUGCCGUUGAGGAUCUGCCGUGCACCCCUCCUGGAGACACCUCAGCGCCUGCAGAGGACCUCGACGGAAAGACAGCGAGGGCAGCAGUGGGGACAGUCAAGGGCAGAGGCAGUAAGAAGAACUGUCAGAGGAAGAUGAGGAUGUUCUCCCAGGAGAAGUGGCAGGUGUAUGGGAAUGAGACAUUCAAGAGAAUCUACCAGAAAAUGAAGACCAGCCAUCAGGGAGGCCAGAAAGCCAGGGCAGAACUGGACCUUCCUCCGCAGGAAGAAGCCAUAGGGGUGAAGGGUGCGUCCCUGCCCUAUGACAGUAGGACUUCCGUCCUUGGAGACAGUCCUGUAAAGGCCAAGCCAGGGUUUUGGGAAAGUCAACCAGUUCCAGAGGGAGCCUUGGAGGCUAAAUCCCCUCAGAAGAUGAGGGCCAUGGCCAAGCCAGAAGGGAGCGACCAACCCAGGGUGGCCAAGACUGAGUUGUCCCCCACUCUCAGCCACAGAGCCUCCCCUUGCUUGGGCAGCAGGAGUCCUGGGAGGUUAGACUUGGAGUACCAGCUUCCCCCAGCACCUGGGUCCAUCCCAAGAGAGGCUCUGGAGACUCCAAGGCAGCCUUCGCCAGACCUUCAGGUGGAAGUGGACAUCUCCGGUGACGGAAGCACUAAGGACAUCUGCUCUCGGGCCCAAAUGAUGCUGAGAAGACCCAGUGGUGGUUCUGGGGAACCCACCCUUGCAGGGGAUAAGCUCCCCUCAGAGAGGAAGAAGCUGAAAGUGGAAGGGCUGGACCCCCAGGAGCAGCCAGGGCCCCUGGGAACAGAGACCUCAGGCAGCUCCACACAGGCUGCCUCCUUGCCAUCCCAGCAACAGGACGGUGACCUCGGGGAGAUGCCUGGAGGCUCGCGUGAGCACGCCCGGAAGGGGGUUGCACCUCCAGUGUCCUCUGGCAUUUCCUCAACUGCUUCUGCUGCUGCCCCAGCAGAGUCAGGGAACAAGGAGUCCCUGCGGCCACCUUCAGCCAGUGUCCCCAGACACCACCCCACCCAACCACAGACUCCCAGUGUCUUAGCUGCUCUGACAGACAGGACCUUUGCCCCCAAGUAUCUCCUCAGAUUACCUCAGGGAGAGACUUCCUCACCACCUGCCACUCCAGGGCCUGGGCAAGGCCGAGAUUCUCUCUGCACACGUGUGAGCCCAGGAUCAGGACCAGGGACGCCCAUACCAUCCUCAGGCCCAGCCCCCAGUGAGACAUGCAGUACCCCAGAGGACCCCGGCUGGUCCAGGCCAGAGGAUGGAAGAGAUGAGGUGCCGUCAGAAGGCAGGACUGACACCAGUGUCCCAGUAGCCGGGUCCUCUUCCACCUCUGCAAAGGGGGGCACUUGGGAGAUAGCGUCCAUGCUGCCCACGUGCACUUGCGAUGCUCACAGGGCCCAGGACAUGGGCGGGGAGACUCACAGCAUCUGCCACCUUGGCACAGGCAGCCCAACAGGGGCCAGGACCUGUGCAGGUCUCCUGAACGCUCGGUCACCCGCUGGGAAGCUGGGGGUACCUCCCAAGAAUGCCCCCAAAGGCAUGCCUUCAGAGUCCACAGCAGGGGAUCCCUCCAGCUGCCCUUUCCAAGCCUGUUACUUCCUCAAGGCCCUCCCGAGGCCCCAGCGCGUGCCAGAACCGCCCCUGUCUCCUCACUUAGGGAGCCCCGGCAGCGGCAGGGGCCCGAGUUCCUUCCCCUCGCUGAAGGCCGAGCCACAGCUCACGUGGUGUUGCCUGAGCCGCAGCCUGCCGCUGCCCACGGAGCAGGAGAAGGCGACCUCUGGACACUGGUCUCUGCCCUCGCCUGGCGGUAGCCUUUGGGAUGAGCGCCGUGACCUGCCUCGCCAGAGCUGUGGAGCAAGGAGCGGAGCGGGCGCUUGUGGAGGAGGAGCCGAGCCCACACCUGAGUGUCAAAUGUCUGGGGAACCAGCCCAGACAGGGUUCUGGAAGGUUCUGUGCAAGCACAUUGGGCAGUUGCCUGCUCUCCUACGUGACAGUCCCAGCGAUGAGGCCACCAGACCCAGCGUUCGGCCCACAGAAGAAGAAAGGGCCAUGCCGCAGGAGGGUGAGGCCACCUCGUGGGAGCAGCAAGCGGAAGUGGAGGCUUCUGGCAAGGAGUUCCUUGUUCUGGGACACGAGAACCCGGAAAUCCCACAGGGUGCCCCCGGGACCCUGAUCUCCACUUACAACUCUGGGACUGUUGAUGAGACCGCAGGUCAUGCUGAUAGUCAAAGGGACUUGGAGACACCAGUGAAACUGAAGACUGGGGCUUGGAGCACAGCCUACGGGUCUGAUCUCUGUGCCCAGUGCCACGUCACCACACAAAGGGAUGUUGGCGUCCUCACUGAAUACCUCAGUUAUGUCUCAGCCCGGAGGGGCUCUGUGGGCUGCAAGCCAUGGAAAAAUCGAGAAGGUGUCCAGGUAGCCCCGUGCGGGCAGCGACGUGUAUGCAGCGCAGCCCCGGGGGCAGCGAGCGCCCUGGACAUCCAUCCGAGCCCCCAGCCCCACCGACAGGCCGCCGCCCGCGAGCAGCGGCGGGCAGCUGCUCCCCGGAGGAGCCGCGCUCUGCAGGCGGCUCAGACCCGGCGAAGCCCCCCGCGCGACCCUCGCUCAGGGCUUUAG